GUUGACACCUGUCCUACGGUAGCUACGUACUACUUUAGGACAACAUUUCCAAGGUCAUUGUUUAAAUAACAAAUCGCACGCCUUCUAGCCUCCCAACCUGAAAUCUCGCAUGUCUUCGGAUCCAAACUUGCCAAAAUGCUGCUCCUUGGCAACCUCCUCUAUGUCUCGAUCCUCCUCGUGAACGCAAUCGCGAUCUUAUCCGAAGACCGUUUCCUAGCACGAAUAAAUCUCUCGUCUGCCUCGUACGAUCCAGCUUUCGGCGCCGGCCCUGAUUCACAAAGCGUAAAGGCGAAGGUCAUCAAUUUGAUUGCCAGCGUACGAACAUUGAUGAGGAUUCCGCUAAUAGCGAUCAAUACAUUAAUAAUUAUCUACGAGUUAGUCUUAGGCUAAGGGUAGAGAACAAACGUCAUGAAGCACGAUGAGAAUAUAAGGGCGCAUUCG